AAAGUGCUGGUUCCAAUGUGGGAGUAGGUGGAUGUUGGAUAGAAAAUUAGUUUUUAUUUUUUUUUUUUUUAUAUGAGUUUAAUGUAUGUCAAAUGUUUCAUUGGCUAACUUCCUUUUUUUUUUUCAGAUCUCUUUAUUGUGAUGGCCUUUGCGACAUAUAAAAACGUUUAUUCUGAUCACAUGUUACUGGAGCUUUGAGUAUGACAUCUUGAGCAGCAACAUGAAGGCAAACACAUAUAAAUGCUUCCCAUUUCUUACCAAAAUGUACUAAAGCAUAAAGAGAAAAAUCUAGAAGGUCUCUAUUAUCAUAGAUAUUACUUUUUUUAUAUAAGAUUUUUUCUUUCUUUUGAAAGCAGCUCGUGCAAGUUCCAAUCGAAAUAAAAUUCAUCCUCCAGUGUCACAUGAAAUCUUCCUGCUGCAGCAGAUUUACUUGAAUAAAAACGGCAAGAAAGCCAACUUAAACAUCCCACUUUGUAUUAUUAUGACUUUGGUGCACCUUCAUCAAUUUUCUCUUUUUACUAUCAAAUAUGUGCUUUAAGUUUAUUCUAAAAAUUAAACCACUUUGACAAUUGAAUAAACCUUCUACCAUCACUUUGAUCAGUUAUCUGUCAUGUUAAACAUCCAAACAUAACUGAAAUAACCUAAUUAACUUAAAUGAUAGUGACCAAAACUCCAAACUCAUUGUUGAUUCAGUAUGUUAACAUUUUUCCUCAAAGCAAAAGAUCCAGGGAACAUGAAAGCCACAGGUUGCAGACCCCAGGAACUAUAAUCAAGUGUUGUUAUUAAAAAAAACUUCAAGUGUACUACUUUUUGUUAAUGGAUCACAGAAGCUCUCAAUUUCUAUUUCAAAACAACUUCAACUGCAAGACAAAGUCACCUGGAUUCAUGAGAAUUUCUGUCAACAUAAUGGAGUAGAAGUAAUCUGAAAAAGGAAAGUCAGAACCAAAAAGUAGGUUCAAGGAGAAAAUGAGUGGGAGGUUGAUCCAUAGACCGUAUUUAGAGUUCGUAUUUACAGUAAGUGGGUUGAUGUGGAGGAUGCAGAGGAUAUACGCAAAUUAUUUUAUUGUUUAACUGAAAUCUUUAAAUUGUAGAAACAUUUUGGAUUUCUUCUACAAAACUGCAACGUCAGAAUUUUUUAAAAGUCUUUAUCGCACCCCGAUUGAAAGUUGUCUCAAAAGAUAUUUAACUUCGGAAAAACCAUGAGCUCUGCCGACUCAAACACUUCCGGUCCACAUGUGUGUACGGAAGCCCGGAGAGCAACGACGCAUUAAACAAACGCGCACAGCUGAAAACAGCCCAAAACUGCCUUAAUGAUCCAGCCUUAAUAAGGUUUCCAACCACGAUGGAGCUUUCUUAUCAGUCCAUUAAAAUCGCCCAUCAAACUCGAGAGGCGGAUGAGCUGAAGACUAAGAUGAGGAAGAAGAACCUUUUAGUAUUGAUCCACCAUCAUUUGCUUGGGCAAGGCUUUGCAGCUGCAGCAAUGGCCUUGGACCAGGAGACAAAUGGAGGUCUGAGGAGGUUCGAGGUUUGUGAUAACAUCGAUCUGGAGAUGGUGCUAAUGGAAUUUGAGAGUUAUCACUAUGUCAAGUUCCAGAAAUAUCCCAAACUUAUCAAGAGAUCGUCAGAAACAGGCGAUAGAAAUGUGAAAAGUGGGGGCAAGAGGAUUUCCUGCUCGGCUUUAAAGAGUCUUCCUAGAAUUAUUUCAUCCUCAAACCUUCAGUCAGCCAAGAGGACCACCAGCAAUGAGAAUGGGACCUCAGUGGAUCCGGACUCAUUAGAACUUGGGAUGAGCAUUUCACCCCUUAAAAGUGGACCAGCUGGACGUGGUGACAUAAACAGAAAGUUGACUGAUGGAAAAACUGUGACUCAUGACGCUUCCAGAGGAGCUGAAACAGAGCAAAUGGAGCGGCUCCUCAAACCCCUUAGUGGAUUUUCUGGGUUGAGCGGUGAGAUGAAGGAGCUGGCUGCAAUCAUCAGUGGGGACAUCUAUUUGCACAACCCAAACGUGCGGUGGGAGGACAUCAUUGGUCUGGAAGAUGCCAAGCGAUUAGUCAAAGAGGCCGUCGUUUAUCCCAUUAAGUACCCUCAACUGUUUACAGGGAUUUUAUCUCCAUGGAAAGGUUUACUGCUCUAUGGACCUCCAGGUACAGGUAAGACUCUGCUGGCUAAAGCUGUGGCGACAGAGUGCAGGACAACCUUUUUUAACAUCUCAGCGUCCAGCAUUGUCAGCAAAUGGAGGGGUGACUCCGAGAAACUGGUCAGGGUUCUGUUUGAACUGGCCAGGUACCACGCCCCAUCCACCAUCUUUCUGGAUGAACUAGAGUCAGUGAUGGGCCAGAGAGGCACUAGCUUGGGGGGGGAGCACGAGGGCAGCCGCAGGAUGAAGACAGAACUGCUGGUUCAGAUGGAUGGACUUUCCAGAUCUGAGGACCUGGUGUUUGUGCUCGCUGCUUCCAACCUGCCUUGGGAACUUGACCACGCCAUGUUAAGGAGGUUAGAGAAGAGAAUUCUGGUGGGUCUUCCUUCUUCUCCUGCUCGCCAAGCAAUGAUCUCUCAUUGGCUUCCUCCUCUCAGCUCCACAGGAGGGAUGGAGCUGAGGACGUCUUUAGACUAUAAAAUGCUUGCGGAGACAUGUGUAUUUUUUUGUGAUGCGUCUUCAAGCAAAUGGAGGGAUAUUCUGGCUCUGAUAUCAGGCUGGUGUGUAAAGAGGCAGCCAUGACGCUAGUCCGUACAGUGUUUGACUCUCUGGAGUCUCAUCAGGAAUGCUCUGAUAUUACCGCCAUCCAGCUGGGAGCUUUAACUACAGCGGACUUUGUGGAGGUGAUCGCACACACCAAACCAUCAGCCCGAAGCCUGAUGGACCGCUACACCGCCUUUGAGAGAGAAUACGAGUCGGUCUGAGGCUCAACUUCUUCACCCAUGAAGGAUUUUUUGAAAAAGAAGUGUUUCUGGUAUCAUUUUAAAACAUUUAAGAGACACAAAUUCGCACACAUCAAGAACACAAUUUAUCUGUUUUGCAAAUGUUGCCAUAAAUGGCAUACAUGACAUUUAAGCUGUGAAAGUGUUAAAACACUUCUAAAAUGUUCUUUUAGAAGAAAAGAAAGAAAUGUUUUUUUUAAAUAAAAUAUUGAUUUAAAUAUUAG